UAGUUCCAGACACGACACACGUGAAAUCUGUGAGACACACAGCAGAACUCAUGGUGGGAGAACUUUGUUGUCCUCGCCAGGAUCAUUAUAACAGUCCACUUCAAAAUGUCUGUUUUUCACGACGAAGUAGAGAUAGAAGAUUUUGAAUAUGACGAUGAAACGGAAACGUACUAUUAUCCUUGCCCUUGCGGAGACAGAUUCGAAAUUAGCAAGGAGGACUUGGAGAGUGGCGAAGAAGUAGCAACAUGUCCGAGUUGUUCAUUGGUAAUUAAAGUGAUCUACGACAAGGAGGCGUUCAUGUCCGGGGAAGUAAUCGAAGCACCAGCGAGAGAAGACAAAUUGGAGGUGGCGAGGAGCUGAAUCCACGAAUUCCGAAACCAAGACUGUAAUGCAGUAAUGCUGCCUCACUGUGAUAGAUCUACAAAGUGUAACCCGAUGCUACAACACAAGUCUAACCUAGUCCGUUUUCCUGGAGGCUCAAUACGCACACCCUCAUAUAAUUGGGACCCGACAGGUGGUGUUUUUAUUCAAUCUUUUUGUAUUUUUAUUUAUUAAAUAUCAGGUUUACUCUUC